GAUUAUUACGAGAACAACCGAGCUUCCGUUUACCGUCUCCCGUCUCUUUCUGUAACGUUAUUCCCCCCUCCGACCCGCGGCCGGUCACGUCACCUCCCCGUUGCGCAACCCAGCCCCGGGUUAGCUAACUGCCGCUUUCAGAACCCAAACGGCUGCAGCCGGAGAGAUGACAAGCGGUUUGUCGGUGACAGGCGGCUGCGCGUGCACACGGGUCUGACCGACUCGGCUCGGCUCGGCUCGUCUCGUCUCGUCUCGGCAUGUCGAGGGAGAUUUGUUGAUUCAAGCGAGCUACCAGUUACCAUGAGUGCAAUGCGUGUGGACGUCAAAGUGGUGAUGCUGGGAAAGGAGAGCGUGGGGAAGACCAGCCUGGUGGAGAGAUACGUUCACCAUCGCUUCCUGGUCGGCCCCUACCAGAACACGAUCGGUGCUGCUUUUGUUGCCAAACCAAUCCAGGUGGGAGAGAAAGUGAUCACCCUGGGAAUAUGGGACACGGCUGGAUCGGAGCGCUACGAAGCCAUGAGCAGAAUCUACUACAGAGGAGCCCGGGCGGCCCUCGUCUGCUACGACAUGACUGACGGCAGCAGCUUCCAGCGAGCUCGGUUCUGGGUGAAGGAGCUGCAGAACUGCGAGGAAUUGACGCAGCACUGUAAGAUCUACCUGUGUGGCACGAAGAGCGACCUGAUCGAGGGAGACCGGAGCCUGCGGAAAAUCGACUUCCACGACGCUCAGGACUUUGCUGACGAGAUUGGUGCGCUGCUUUUUGAGACCUCCAGUAAAACAGGAAAUAACGUGGAUGAGUUGUUCCGGAAAGUUGCUGAGGAUUACAACACUACUGCCUUCCAGUAUAUGACGCCGGAGGAAACGGGAGUGGACUUGGGCCAGAAGAAAGACUCGUAUUUCUACUCCUGUUGCCAUAACAACUAAUGCCGAGCAACAGGAAGGGAUACGGAAGGGGGUCGCCUUCCCUCGGACGGAGUAGAGACGCGGACACGCUGGCCGGCCGGGUGGAUGGACAGUCGGACGACUCGGCUCUGGAGCUGGAAUCCAAAUCGCAGGAAAAGUAAAAUAAAUAUCACACAGUUCUGUUAAACACUCGUUAGAUAGGUUUAUUUAUUUUGCGCCAUAAAGAAAAGACGGCUGCAAGACUUUAUGGAAGAGGAUCUACUGCUGCUGCAACUGUCGCCGGGUGGCAGAGGAAUGGAAAAAAAGAAAAGAAAAACACUUCCUCCUUUCCCCUCAGUUUUGUCCCGUUUUUCUUCUGUAGCUUCUUGAACGUGGAAGUAAACGUCUCUGACGCGGUGCUCAUCAAUCUGAAGUGGGACUGGCAGAGAACUUGAUUGUUUUAGCAAGAACUGCAUCAAGAGAUAUGAAUGGUUUGUUUACAGCGGUUCAUGUUUCCUCUCAUCGCCGACACAAGUCGGCUAUAAAAGAAAAAAUGUAAACACCCUGUCGUGCCCUAUCGUACUUACUCAAAAUGAAUUAUUCUUCUGCAAAUCUGGUAUAACUCGUGAAUUAAUUGAUGCCAAUGAGCCUUAUAAAGGCCUUAAUACCCCGCUUCAGCGUUUACAAAGACAUGGAUGGAUUCGGAGAGCUGGAUAGGUCGCUGCCACGCCGACGGUGGUCAUGUGUGGUACUGCAAUGUAUUAAAGAAUUCCUGUGCAAUCCUAAAAGCAAUUUUUGGGGCUAAUGCGCUGAGUGAGCGACUUUCCUUCAAAUGACUCCAGUUCUUGUGAUAACAUCCGUCGUGGCAGCACAGACCACGUGUUUCUGUACGUCAUCUUUUGCAGCAUCAGCUACGAUUCUGAUUUGAAAGGCGACGACAACACCAACAUCUCGAAUUCAAUCGCAUGGCCCGAGCUCACUGAAAGAAAAGGACGGUUACUUUUUCAACAUUUAAACUCAAAAUUAUCUAUUUUUGUCAUUUCAAAUGCAAAAGUACACACGUGGAAAUGCGACCGUCAGUUUUUCUUGCAGUAUCUUGUGGAGGUGAAAUGUUCCUCCGAAGCUCUGAAAGGGUUUGAAGAAGCACUUCUUCUGAAAGAUGAUCACAUUUCCCCUCCGCUGUGUUGAGGAACUGCAUAUUUCACCAAAACCUUGGGGGCGAAUGUUGUCACAUGGCUCAAACUGUCAUCUCAAUGUCCUCAGCACAAUAUGUACAGCUGUAUUUCACUUGAACUCUAAUUUAUUGCCUUUUUAAGGAAGACGUGGGGAAAUAAAUUGACACAAUAUCAGUUUCCUCCGUGUUGCUGCUUCGAUGUGUUGACGUUUCCCGUUGUUGAUUGUUUGAUGCACAAUAUUUUAUAUUGAGGGCUGUUGGAGACAGACUGGUGUAAAGUACAAAUAUGUUCUGUGAAAUUAAAAGCUUGUUAAAUUAA